GCUGCACACAUAAUUAGACUCUUUUUUAUUUUUUCCUUGUUUACGCUCCUGAUCCGAAACAUGUAGCAUCGUAUUUAUUGUUUGUUAUUUCUGUUAAAUUUUGCAAUAUGCGCUUUCAGUUCACAUGUAGCUAGUGUUAGAUUUGAUUUUCCAAAUUGUAGCUCGUUACGAUUAUUUGAUGAUGAAGGGCAUGUUCUUGUGAGUCGGUGCAGGCUUCAAGUAUGGUCUAGGGUUUUAAAUUCGUUGUGAGAUGUUUAUUAUAUUCUUGGUACUUUGUUAUCAACAAUCGGUUUACAACUUCCAUUCCUCUUGCAAGUUCCCUUCAUAGCAUUGUUGUGAUUAUAGAAAUUAUACACAGAAGAACUGUGACUCGUGGUCUUGAUUUGAUCAGAUAGAAGCUAUUACUGUUUUUGUGCAUUUGUUUCUCCACAUAAUUAUUCAGAGAAGGUUUUAGAUCUGUUUUAGGUUUAAAUGCUUUUCCAAGUGCUUUAGAGGAGCUGGAUGUAUUGAUCCUCAUUAGCUAUUGAAAUCUUACUGGGUUGUUGAGUUAGGUUUACGAUAGAGCUAAGUUUAUAUCUGUUCUUGUUUGUCUUGAUGAUACUGCAUUGAGCUCUGAUUGUUAGGUUUAUUAUUUAGGUUAGAAUGAUGUGGAGUUUGUAUAUCAGCUCUAUGAGGCAUAUAUUUCUUUUGUGUUUUAGCUUGAGCUCUAAUAGUGAGACUGGAAAACACAGAGGAUGGCGAAGAAGAAGAACACACUGGUUUUUAUGGAUGUUUCUAUCGAUGGUGAUCCUAUUGAAAGAAUGGUUUUUGAGCUGUUCUAUGAUGUUGCACCAAAGACUGCAGAAAAUUUCCGUUCCCUCUGUACAGGUGAAAAGGGAAUUGGUCCUAAAACAGGGCGACCAUUGCAUUUCAAAGGGACCUUCUUUCACCGCAUCAUUAGGUGUUCCAUGGCAGAGGGUGGCGAUUUAUUGAGACAAGAUGGUGCUGGUGGAGAAAGCAUAUAUGGGGGGAAGUUUCCAGACGAGUCACCCCAGCUAAAGCAUGAUGGACCUGGUCUACUUUCCAUGUCAAUUUCUGAUCGUGAUAUUUCUGGUUCCAUUUUCAUCAUUACUUUUAAGGCCAGCCAUCAUCUUGACAGGAAGUAUGUAGUUUUUGGUAAGCUUGUGAAAGGAGAUGAAGUACUACAAAAAAUUGAACAUGUUGGUGACGAAGAAGGAAGACCAGCUGUAACAGUGAAAGUGAUAAAGUGUGGUGAAUUCAAUGAGGACUUGAAAAAGGAAAGUAAACUGAAGGUGGGAAAGGAUGCUUCCCCUGAUGCCAAUAGUCAUGAAUUACGGAAGAGGGGAAAACACAAGAAAUCUUCAAGAAACAGAAGGAAGAAGAGGAGAAGAUACUAUUCAUCUGAUACAGAGAGUUCCUCCUCUUCUGAGAUAGAGUCAUCUGAAUCUGAUAGUGAUUCCGAUUCAUCUUUAUUGUCAUCAACUGACGACACAUCUUCAAGUGAUGACAGGCGCAAAAAGAGGAAGAGGUCUUCUAAAAGUGACAAAUAUAGGCGUCUGAAAAGGAGAGAUAGGAAGCGUGAUAAGAAGCGAAAGCGGCGUGAUAAGAGGUCUAGGCACCGAUUGAGAAGGGCCUCCGAUGGUCUUUCCAAUUCUGAGAGAGAGAGCAAAAGUGGAAGUAGCUCUCGUGAUGGCCUUGAUGCUCAAGAGGAGGGUAAAAAAUCUGCCAUUCCAUCUCUUGUGACAGGAGAUGAAGCAAUUUCCGUACGACGUAAAUGGAGAGAAGAGGCAGGUAUUAUUGAAAAGGAAAGCAGUAGGUUCCCCAAAGAAAAUGGUGAACGACAUAGCAAUGGCAUUGAAGCAGAUGCUCAGUCUAAUGGGAGCGCUGAUAGAGAGCCUGAUGUGGUCGAUGAUCACCCAGGCAAAUCUAGGAGCCGAAGCAUGAGUCCAAGGAGGACCAUGAGUAAGAGUAUGAGUAUUAGUCCCAGGAAGAGCAGGAGUAGGAGCCCAAGUGAUAGUCCUAAGAGGAGCAGGAGCCCAAGUGUCGGUAGAAGCCCUCCUGUCAUACGGAGGAGUAUAAGCAGAAGUCCUGCCAGAAGUGUUAGCAGUCGGAGCCCAUCUGUUAUCAGAAGCCCAGUGGGGGGCAGAAAGGCUCGUAGCAUCAGCAGGAGCCCAGUGAGGGUCCAGUCUCGAAGAAGCAUUAGCAGGAGCCCCGAGAAAUCCUUGUCUCGGAGAGGCCUUACUAGAAGUCCAGCCAGAACAUCUUCUCGGAGGUCAUUUAGCAGAAGCCCGGUGAGAUCCUCUCGAAGAAGCAUAAGCAGGAGUUCAGGUCGGGCUCCUUCUAGGAGAAGUAUUAGCAGAAGUCCGAUUAAGCCCCCAAGCAGGAAUACUCAUCGCAAAUAUUCACGGAGCCCUUCCCCUGUACGUAGGGCCAGGUCACGUCCCGCUCGAGGAAGAAGUUUGUCUAGAAGUGGUUCUCCAGAUGAGUCCUCCAAGCGAAUUAGAAGGGGGCGAGGUUUUAGUCAGCGUUACUCUUUUGCUCGGCAAUACCGAACCCCCUCUCCAGAUCGUUCUCCUGUUAGAUAUAAUCGUUAUGGUGGCAGAGUUGACCGUGACAGAUAUUCGAGUUACAGAAGGUAUUCUCCUAGGCGUUAUAGAAGUCCACUAAGAGGAAGGACUCCUCCAAGGUACAAGAGCAGGAGGAGCAGGACAAGGAGCCCCUCCGUAUCACGUAGGAGAAGCAGGACUAGGAGCCCCUCUGUAUCACGCAGUCCUGUCUAUCGCAGCCGUCGUUUUAGUCAUAGUCGUAGUCCCAUUCGGAGCCGAUCCCCAGUUGAAGUAUCCGUGAGGCGGAGGUCACCUUUGAGGAGCAGGAGCCCCUCAAAAUCUCACUCGUCAUUGGAGCCCCAUUCUCCAAGGCAACCAAGCAAAGAUAGGUCAAGGUCAUCUUCUGGAAGCCCUGGAAAUAAGAAGGGCCUGGUAUCAUAUGAUGAUGGUUCUCCUGACUCGGGUCAAAGGUAAAAAUGAGUGAAAAUUGGAGCAGCGAUUGUGCUUUUGGUUUGGAUGGGCUCUAGUUUCUCUUCAUGCUAUCCCCAUCUGGACUUGCAUUAUGUCCUUACUUAUCAUCAGAGGCUGUGAUCAGUUGUUAAAUGUCUAUUUUUUUGUAGUUUGUUUUAAUUUAUUCGUGGUGUGCUUUUUUAAGGCUUUAUUCCAAUGAUGUAUUUAAACAAUUGAGGUUAGUUUAGCUUUGCUUUGCCGAGUUUUAAUUCGACACUUUCUUGAAAUAAUCUUGCGAUUUUUCAACGUCCUCCGCUGCUCUCCAUCUUCUGGAUGGCUUAAUAAGUUCACGAACUACUCUGAUGGAUUUUAAAAUUUUAACCGCUAGAGAAAUUUGAGCCUUUGUUAA